AAUGUUAUCGGUAUCAGUAUUUGCAGAGGCGCAGCUGUUUGUUAUUUCUAAGUUAACACUUAGUUUAAUUAAUUUAUUUUGCUGCCAGCCCAAAAAGCACAAAAAUUAUGCCACUGUAUGAGACUGUUAUGCAGGAGAAGCCCCCAAUUGUGCUCGACAUUGGCAAUGCCUACACAAAGCUCGGCUUUGCGGCAGAGGCCUAUCCACGUAAAAUCAUACCCACAGAGGUGGUGCUAACCACAACGGGCGAGACAAAGCGACUCUUCGAUUACGUGGCAACCGAACAGCUCUACGAUCAAAUUGUGGACUUUCUGCAAACUAUAUUCUUCAAACAUCUACUGGUCAGUCCCAAGGAGCGUAAAUUUGUUGUUGUGGAGAACAUCUUUGGACAGAGCGUGAUACGAGAGACGCUGGCACGUGCACUCUUCAUUCACUUCGAUGUAUCGUCCGUGCUGUUUGUGCCCGCUCAUCUUAUAGCGCUAUCCACGCUGGCCGUGCCCACCGGCCUCGUUGUGGACAUUGGCUACAGUGAGACGACCGUAAUGCCUGUGUUCAGCGGCGUGCAGAUAAUGUCUGCCUUCAAAGAUCAAAGCUAUGGCAGCAGUGCUGUCCACGACGAGAUCAAACGGCAGUUGCUAGCAACGGGCGUCAAAGAGUCUCUGCUGACGCCAAGCGUGCUGGAGGACAUCAAGAUACGCACCUGCUUUGUCACCAGCUUCGAGCGUGCCCAGGCGAAGCCGGAUAAGGAGACGACACCGGUGCCAAAUGUUGAUUAUGCGAUCUGUGAUGAUGACGCCGUCAUCAGCAUAGCGGGUAGCGUCCGGGAGACUGUCUACGAGCUGAUGUUCGAGCAGAAUAACGAACGCGACAGCUUGCCGCAUCUAAUACUGCGAGCCAUACUCGACUGCAGCAUGGAUGUGCGAUGCGCCCUUGUCGAGAGCAUAUUUGUGAUUGGUGGCGGGGCUAUGGUGAUGGGCCUAAUGGCACGCCUCAAGGCGGAGCUGCAGCAUCUGUUGGCCAAUGAUAGCUACUAUGCGGAACGCUUUCACGGCGAUCUCCAGUUUAAGUUCUACAACACAAUUGGCAAACAGAAUUUCACGGCCUGGCUGGGUGGUGCUCUCUGUGGGGCAACGGAUUUGAUUCAAACGCGCUCGUUGUCCAAGGAGACGUAUCUGAGGAACGAGCAUGUGCCCGACUGGAGCAAUCUGUGCGACAACAGGCAUGGCGGCUAAUUGAACACAACAGACACACAUACGCAUGCAUAUUUAUUUCAAUUGCAUUAUUGUAUUAUGAAUUAUGUUCUAUACAAUUAAUUCUGUAAUAGACUAAAAGUGAACUUUGAGUAGGAAAAAUUACAUACGAGUAUAAAAAUGUUAAUAUUGCGCUUA